CGCGCGCUGGCACGUGACGUGAGCAGCGCGCCGGGCGGGCGGGCGUUGCCAUGGAGGCGGCGGACGAGUGGCUGCUGCAGUCGCUGCGACUGUACCGCGACCUGCACACUUUCGAGCUCCAGGCGCCCACCCGCCUAAUCGAAUGGGCCCGCGGGAACCGUGUCUGUGUAGCCGGGUAUGGACAGUCUGAUGGGAACGAGAUCCUGCAGCUGAUCCCACCGCCAACGCUGCUGACAAAGGAGACCCAGGGGCUGUGUCCAGAGAGAGAUUUCAAGGUAGAAUGUGGUGGAUUUUCAGAGCGCCCAGUGUACAGCCUGAAAUAUGUGCCAGACACCAGCUUGCUGGUAACAAGUGGCCCACCCGACAGCUCCCUCCAGGUCUGGCAGGUGUCAGCAGAGGACUCCGAUGUUAUUAAAUCUGUAAGCACCAUAGCAACAGAAAAUGGCACUGGGCAAUCCUGGGCUAAAAUUGCCACCAUUUCAGCCAGAGCCCCGUGGGUCCUUCAUGGCUCAAGACUGGACAGAGUCCAAAUUACAGAGGUUGAAUCAAGGAAAAAUGUCUACACAGCAGGUAUUCAAGCUUCCCAAGGCAGCGAGGAGCUCAGCAACCUAGCCUUCCUGGACUGCAACAUGCUGCUUCUGUGCUGUGCCACAGGCCGGCUGUGCCUGGCCGACAUCCGACAGCCACAGAGUCUCAUGGAGGCCGUGUCAGUGCCCUCGGCACCAUGCAGUGAGCAGUGGUGCAUGGGCACCAGGCAUGGAGCUCAGGGCUUGGAAACGAGCUCCCAGCCCGUGGCUCGCCUCUCAAGCAGGGGGCUCCUAGCCCUGACAGACCUCAGGAAAACCUCUGAGUUCUUGGCUUUGGCAAAGGUCAGAGUCCCCUCUCCUGGCUCAGGUGCAGAAUUCCUGUGCGUCUCCUGGGCUCCUGCUCUGGAAGGCUACCUUGCCAUUUCAGGUUUUGAUGGCACCGUGCAUGUGUAUGACACACAGAGCUGGGACAGCUCUGGCAGGGAAGCAGAGCCCAUCUUCGUUCACAAAGGCCACACAUUUGGUGGAGCAGGUGGCAGCAGGGACCCUCCCUUGGUCACUGUGCACACAUGGCAUCUGCAGAAACCCAGAACUUUGUUGUCAGCAGCGAGCGAUGGUUCCUUGCAUGUCUGGGACUGGGUUCAGCCCUGUGGGAAGUGUGGGUAGGUGGUGUUUUGGUGAGAUGGGGCAUUUCCUGCCUCUGCUGUAGUUUGCGUGGGCUGCAGUGUGUGUGUUUGCCUGCAGAUACUGUUUGGAGACUGUUGCAGUGAGCAGAACAACUGUAAAAUUUCUAUUUUAAUAAUAGUAAAAAUUUUGCCUGUGUUACUUGUUCUUCUGUGUACCAGCCCUCAGAUGAGAGCUGUGCCUGUAGUUCUGACUGUGGCUGCUGGCAGAGAACAUCCUGCUGUUGUUUGAUCAUUGGCUUGUGUUAUGUCUACAGAAAUGGAGAGGAGCAAAAAGGAGAGGCUUGACAAGGGCCUGGAGUGACGGGACAAGGGGGAAUGGCUUCCCAUUGACAGAGGGCAGGGUUAGAUGGGCUGUUGGGAAGAAAUUCUUCCCUGUGAGGGUGGCAAGGCCCUGGCACAGGUUGCUCAGAGAAGCUACUCCUGCCUCAUCCCAAGAUGUGCCCAAGGCCAGGCUGGAUGGAUCUUUCAGCAACCUGGUGUACUGGAAGGUGUCCCUGCCCAUGGCAGGGAGUUGGAACUGGAUAAGCUUUGAGGUCCCUUCCAAACCAAACCAUUUUCCAAUUUCAUGAAAAAAAUCCCAGGAAUUUGAGGAAAGAGGCUCUUCUGUGGGAUAUAUAUACACACUGCAUUCCAGGCCCAAAGCACCAAGUGGAAGCUGCACCCCCUGAGGGGUGUUGACAUUUAUCACGUGCACAUAUGUCAUGAGCAGUGACCUCCGCUCAGGAAGUUUCAGUGUGACCACUUGUGUUCCUGCUUGCAGCCUGCAAAAGGAACAGGAACAACCUUUCCAGCCACAGCUUACUCCAAACUCUGCCCCUCCCCCUCUAGAUCCUGAGAGCACCUCGUCUGAGACUAGGCAUUGGUGUCCUUUGGCUCUUUUCCCACCAACUGCACAUUUAGAUUUGAUGGAACUGAUGUGAUUUCCUGGGCUGUGUUGCAGCUUCUGCAACGCUCACUCUUAUUACCAAGGUGUUCAUUGGGAAGACAACCUGCCUGCGAAAGGCUCCCUUCUGCUUGGGUGUCAGCUGAGGUGAGGAGGGGUUGAAGACAGGUGAGAUGGGAUGAAGGCUGUAAUUCAAGAGCACCUGGGGAAACCUUACACUGGGAAUGUGCUGUACUGACUCAUUCUUGCCAUGGCAACAGUUGUCUGCCUGGCAGCUGAGCCUGGAACCUGCUUCAUUCUU